AUCAGCGCGGUGACAUACGGAUGCCCGCUUGGCCACACCGAUCCCCGCUCCGCGCCGCGGCCGGGAGUGUUAUUAUGGACGCGGCAGCAGGGAAACGCAGCGAGCCAUGAACCGCUGCAAGGUGACGCGUCCUCCGAUUCCGAGCCAAACUUCAACCUAGACUAGACAUGCCUACGGUAUUCGUCGCCGUCUGAAGCCCUGCUGCUGCUGCUGCUGCUGCCAAAACUGCGGCGGAUCCCCCGGAUCCGGGACCAAAUCUUGCAGCAGUGAUACCAACAACCACGGCGGCCGGGGAGCGAGGAGGGGAGCGAGGAGAGGGGAGCGAGGGGAGCCAGCCACUCCGGCGGGGAACGUCGCUCGGUCGGCCGGCCGGCCGUUGGUCCUGACACCGGCCUCCUCCGAGAGAGAGCUCCAGCCGGAUGGGGGGGUGUGUGUGGUCAGUGAGGCAUCCUGGGAAGCAGAGCAACAUGUCGGCAUGACAGCUGAGUAUCCAGGUGAGAAGAGCUCUGCCUUUUUUUAGAGAUGUGAGCUCCAGUUACAGACGCAGCAGUUCUCCAUACCACACAUCCACCUCAACAACCAGCCAUUCAAAUGCUCACGGACAAUAAAGGGGCCAAUCAUGGCAAGCAGGUCAGCAGCAGCGACAGCCGGUCCCAGAUCCCCAGCAUCCCCCAGCAGCCCCAGCAGCAGGGAGCUGCGGCCCACCUGGGCCCCAAGGGUCCCGGCGGCCACGCCGUCAAGACCAACCAGAUCUCCCUGGGCAGCGCCGGGCUGAAGGCCGCGGGCCAGGCGGCCAGCGGCGUCGGGGGGAUGCUGAAAACCAAAUCCAAGCGGGAGCGGAGCGUCUCCAUCGACUCCUCCGAAUCCAGAAACGCCAUUCCUUCAGUCCUGGAGACGGAUGCCAAAGGAGAGGGUGUUAUGCGAAGCAAGCGGCGCUGCGUUCUGGCAAAGAAGCAGCCGUAUAGUGGAGAUGAGUGGUGCUCUGGAGCAGACACGGAUGAUGAAGAGAAACCACACACUGCAGCUCAGCGUGACGAGGGUGUGGCCGGCUCCAUCCAGGGCCUCUCCGAUUGUCUCGCCACUGGAAACAUCUCUGAACCGGUUAUGGGAUGCGGAGCGGGACCGGGGCUGAAAGUGGAGCCGCCUCCGCCUUCACAGCAGCUGGUGUACGUCUUCACAACCAGCCUCGCCAACAGUGCCGCAGAGGCUGUGAUGAAAGGACAGACUGAUACCAUCCUUCUAUACCACCAGCAAAAUGUUCCCCACUCCAAGUUGGAGCAGGGCCAGCCGAUGGGGAAGCUCUCUACGUUGUCGGAGAAGAUGAACUCCAGCAGCUCUCCGCCCACAGGAACCCCCAAGUCCCAGAGCGGGACUCCGCGUCCGGCCUCUGCAGGAGUGGGAGGCCUGCUGGCUGCAGGCACGCCGUCGUCAGCCGUGCACUCCGACACCGACUCCCCUCAGACUCGACCCGGCGGAGCGCCGGGCCGGUCGGAGGGGGGGAACUCGGCCUCCGGAGGCCCGGACCCGGGAAACCCGGGGAACCCAGGGAACGGGGACGGUCCGGGAGGCAUGCUCCCGCCCGGUGCCACCCUCUCUCCCUCCGGAAGUCCCUCCAUCCUGUCGGCACACCUGCAGAGCGACGCGGGCCAGAGGGGCGGUCCGGGGAACGGUCCGGGGAACACGGACGGCCUCUCCAAGGAGCAGCUGGAGCACCGGGAGCGCUCGCUGCAGACGCUGAGGGACAUAGAGAGACUGUUCCUGCGCAGCGGGCCGGGAGGCGGCCCGGGAGACCCGGGAGCUCCCAACAGCAACGCGCCCAAUAACUCCAACCUAAAUAACAACGGUGCCGACAGGGGCGGGGUGGAGGACGGGGACGGCGGUACCAACAACACGGGAAACUGCGGUAACAUGUUACCGUCGUCGGCCUUGGCUCCCGGGGGAGGGAUGAAGAAAUACGAGGAGCCGCUACAGUCCAUGAUCUCCCAGACGCAGUCCCUGGGGGGGCCCGGCCUGGACAGCCCUCAGAUGGACCCCCACCACCACCUAUCGCACCCACAUCACCAGAUGCCUUCGCCCGGCGACGACAUGGGCCCCUUGCUGGGGCCGGACGGGCUGAGCCGGGAGCAGAUGGCCUGGAGGAAGCUGCAGGAGGAGUACUACCAGGAGAAGAGACGGCAGCAGGAGAUCCAGCCGCCCACGCACCCCCAACACUUCCGGAUGAUCACGGAGAUGGGCAUGCACGGGGGCCCCGUGCUGAUGAGGAGACCCCCCCCUCCCUACCACAGCAAACCCGGGGAGCAGCAGUGGGCCCCCAACAACAUGAUGGGGGGGGGAAACGCCAGGAUGCUGGACGUCCACCAGGACGGGCCCCGCGGGCCCAGGUUCAUGCAGAGAGGACACGCCGGCGGGGGCGGCGGCGGCGGCUUCCCCGCCAGUCCGGGCGGGGGGUUGCCGCUGGAGGGGCUGGGGCCCCAGAGGCCCCCCCGGCAGGGCGUGAUGUGGCUGGACGACAUGCCCAACAACAUCGGCACCGGAGGGCCCUUCCACGGCUGCUACCCCGGCGGGCCGCCGCAGCAGCACCUGCACGGAGACCCGGAGCUGCUGACGCGCGAGGAGAUGUUCCGGAUCAUGGACAAGCGCCACAUGCAGGGCGUUUCCCGCUACGAGCUGGAGCGGCUGGCCAAGCACCAGCAGCAGAGCGGCCUGGGCCCCAGGAUCAUGGACGGUCUGGGAGGCCCCGACUUCCCCAACAUGGGCAUGGGCCGAGGUCCGCCUCCCGGCCGAGGGGACCCCAUGGACUUUCCCGCCUCGCGGGAGAUGAUGGGUUCCCCCGGCGCCGGCCCUCAGAUGAGAGACCUGGUGGAUUCCCCGUUAGGGUGCAACAUCCCCAUGGGCAUGAACCCUCAGAUGACCCUGCAGCAGCAGCAGCAGCAGCAGCAGCAGCAGCAGAUGAUCCUGGCCCAGAGGCUCCGGGGAAGCCACGGCGGCCCCGGGGCUUUGAGCGACAUGUUUGGCCCCGGGGAGAUUUCACGAAUCGGUGCUUCGCAGAACGGAAGAGGAGGAAACAAAGGGAUGAUCCCGGGGCCGUUCCAGUUUCCUAACCAAGGGCCCUUCUCUGGAGAAGCGGUGGAUGGGCCGUAUCUGCAGCAGCCGGGCCCCGACAUGUUCGGCCCGGAUCAGCCGGGCCCCAAUCAGAUGGGGGGGACUUCGCGACUCAGUCACAUGCCGUCAUCCGGAGGCCUUAGAGGAAUGGACAUGGGUCCUCGGCAUGCCUCGGACUUACCGGUCAACCCGUUGACCUCUCCUUCAGUGCCUCCGUCUCACCAGCUCAAGUCCCCUUCCUUCCACCAGGAGCCGUCGCCGCUCCUGCCUUCGCCCUCCGCCCCGGUGCUGAAGUCCCCGCUCUCGUCGGCGGGGCACCACCACCCUCUGCCCCCCGCGUCCGGCGCGGGGACUCCCUGCUCUUCUUCCAUGAAGUCUCCUCAGAUCAUGGGCUCGUCCGGCCUGGCGCUGCACUCUCCGUCUGUCUCGCCGGGGAGACUCAAGUCUCCGUCGAUGGGCGUCGGCUCCCCGGGGUGGGCGUCGCCCAAAACCGCUCUUCCAAGCCCAGGCGGUCCGGCCGGGAAGGUCGUGGGGAACGGAGGCAGCAGCUCCACUGAAACAGGUCAGUCACUUCCCCCGAGGAGCUCCAGCUCCACCCCCGUCAGUCAACCGGGCUCCAUGAAUCCAAGUAUGCCAUUUACGUCGUCUCCAGACGCACCGACGACCCAGAAUCCUCUGUCCCUAAUCAUGACUCAGAUGUCCAAGUACGCGGUUCCCAGUUCUACUCCUCUCUACCACGACGCAAUCAAAACGAUCGCCACCUCCGACGAUGAGAUGCUGCCAGAUCGACCUCUUCUCUCUGGAGUCAGUAUUGGAGGAACUCUGGGUAACAGCCAGGCAUCGCGGGCGUUUGUCUCCCAGGGCUCCAUGGGCCCCCACAGCGACCCCCAGAGCCCCAUCGGCCUGGUGGUCCCGGGCCAGCAGCACCUGUCCCACGACGGCCCCGGGCCCGUCCUCUCGUCCCCCAACCCGAUGGGCAUGCCGGCCAUGAACUCUGUCAUCUUGGGAGGGGGGGCCCCGGACGGGAUGGGGCCCAACAACACGUCGCCGUUACCUCAGAAUCCCAUGGCGGGCUUCCCGCGCAUGCAGCCGGCGCCGCCGCACGGGCCCCUGCACUCGCCGCUCAGAGGGAUGCCGCAGGGCUUCCCUCAGCCCGGCGACGACGUCCCCCCCGCACAGCACCUGCACCUGCUCAGCAAGGGCCACCCCCACCCCCACCCCCACCCGCACCAGCGGCACCCGCACCCCUCGGACUCGUUCGCCUCCCUCCCCAUGAACGACGGGCCGGACCUGAGCGAGGUCAUCCGACCGUCGCACACGGGGAUCCCCGAGUUCGACCUCUCCCGCAUCAUUCCCGCCGACAAGCCCAGCAGCACGCUGCAGUACUUCCCCAAAACUGAACCUCAGCAGAACCCCCACCAGGGGCCCCCCCCUCACCCUCACCCUCACCCUCACCCGCACCCUCACCCGCACCCGCACACGCCGCAGCAGCUCCUGAAGCAGCUGGCCCCCCCCGGGCCCCAGCACGGCGCCGGCCCGUCGUCCAACCCCCACCUGGCCAGCCUGCAGAGCAUGGCGGAGCAGCAGCUGCCCCCCCACCCCUCGCACGGGGGGAUGCGUCAGAGCAUGGGCAUCCCCCCGGGGGGGGCCCGGGGCAUGAUGCCCGGGGAGGGCAUGGGCCCCAUGUGCCCCCCCGGACACAUGAUGGGCAGGACAGGCCUGAUGCCGCACCAACAGCUGCAGCAGCAGCAGGCCAUGAUGGCCGGCAGCCUGCUGCACCCCCCCAACCCCUACCCCGGCAUGAUGCCCCCCCAGCAGCACCAGAACAUCAUGAUGAUGCAGGCCAAGCAGCGCGGCAUGGCCCUUCCAGGGGAGCCGUUCGGGCACCAGGGGCCCAUGAUGGGCCCCCCCCACCCCCAGCCCGGCAUGAUGGGCCCCCAGGCGCUCCGGCAGCGGGGCAUGUCCCUGGAGGGGCCCAUCGGCUACGGCUCCGGGGGCAUGGCCAACAUGCCCUUCUGAUCCAGCCCAGAAACACCGUCAAAAACACGCCUUCCCUUCUCAUUGUGUCCAAAUCUUUUAUCCCCCCCCCCCCCCCCCUCGCUGUCCUUGUAGUCGUUCAGAAAAGACGUUUAAAAAAAGAAAAAAAAAGAAUCAGUGAUGAACUUCAAAUUUUUGAAUUUAAACUGAUUAAAAAAAAAUAAAUAAUGAUGAUAAUAAAUAUUUAAAAGCACUGUAACACUGUUCAAUAAAAAAUUUGAAACUUUUUUUUUUUUUUUUUUUUUUUAGAAAUACUGUAAAAUGUGUAAAUUUAAAAGAAUCUGUGUAUUUGUUGUGGGAACAGAUUGGUGGUCAGGAGAGGAGUGCCUAAAAUUUCUAUUUGUUUUAAUAUCAUUGAUUUGUUUCUCCAACUACCAAACUGUUGUGCAAAGAAAUAUGAAUAUAUAUACGAAAAUAUGUACUUGCUGUAAAUAAGAUGCAAUUUGUGAUUGUUUGCAGUUGUUCUGUAUAACUGUGUUUUAAUAGAAGUCAAAAAAUAGAAACUAUCU